UCCCUUCUCUGACCGUGUCGGUGGCGGCGGCGGCUGCAGGGACUGCUGUGGGGAGGGGCGAGCGGCCGGAGGCAGGAUGGAGAAGGCGGCCGGGUGGCGCUGAGCCGGAGGGAAGUUGUGUGAGGGGAGGCUUCGGGAUUGGGGGAGGCGGGCGGCCUGAGAGAGCCGAGGCGGCGGCGGGGAUCGUGUGGGGGCGGCCGGGGCUCGGGCUCCGGCUCGGCAGGCAGGAUGGAGCAAGAGGAGAUCCUGAGGAAAUUCAUCCAGCGCGUCCAGGCCAUGAAGGACACGGACCACAAUGGGGACGACAACUUCGCCAGCGACUUCAUGAGGUUAAGAAGAUUAUCAACCAAAUAUAGAACUGAAAAAAUCUAUCCAACAGUCACUGGAGAAAAAGAAGAAAAUGUUAAAAAGAACAGAUAUAAGGACAUAUUGCCAUUUGACCACAGCCGGGUUAAACUGACUUUAAAAACACUCCCUCAAGAUUCAGACUAUAUCAAUGCAAAUUUUAUUAAGGGAGUACAUGGGCCAAAAGCAUAUGUUGCUACCCAGGGACCAUUAGCAAAUACAGUAAUAGAUUUCUGGAGAAUGAUAUGGGAGUACAAUGUUGCAAUAAUUGUAAUGGCUUGUCGAGAGUUUGAAAUGGGACGGAAAAAAUGUGAGCGGUACUGGCCUUUGCAUGGAGAAGAAAGCGUAACUUUUGGACCAUUUCAGAUUUCUUGUGAAGCUGAACAAGCAAGAACAGACUACUAUAUUAGAACGCUAUUACUUGAAUUUCAAAAUGAAACUCGUAGGGUAUAUCAGUUUCAUUACGUGAACUGGCCUGACCAUGAUGUUCCAUCGUCUUUUGAUUCUAUUCUGGACAUGAUCAGCUUUAUGAGAGAAUACCAGGAGCAUGAAGAUGUGCCUAUUUGUAUACACUGCAGUGCAGGGUGUGGAAGAACAGGAGCCAUCUGUGCCAUAGAUUAUACAUGGAAUUUGCUAAAAGCUGGGAAAAUACCAGAAGAGUUCAAUGUAUUUAAUUUAAUACAAGAAAUGAGGACACAAAGGCAUUCUGCAGUGCAGACCAAGGAGCAGUAUGAACUUGUCCAUCGAGCCAUAGCACAACUGUUUGAAAAGCAACUACAGAAAUAUGAGAGUCGCACAGACUGGAAGAUUUCUGAUGGAGUGAAUGAAACUAGUACAGAGAAAACUGUCAAUUCUAUAGAUCUUGAGAAACAAGACUCUCCUCCACCAAAGCCUCCACGGACCCGCAGUUGUCUUGUAGAAGGAGAUGUUAAGGAAGAAAUCUUGCAGCCUCCAGAGCCUCACCCAGUACCACCCAUCUUAACACCAUCUCCUCCUUCAGCUUAUCCGACAGUCACUACUGUGUGGCAGGACAAUGAUAGAUACCAUCCAAAGCCAGUUUUGCACAUGGUUUCAUCAGACCAUUCAACAGACCUCAAUGAAAACUAUAAUAAAUCAACAGAACAUUCAGGGAAAAAUGAACCCAAUGAACGUGUGGAGAAAAAGCUGGAGCGCAACUUAAGUUUUGAAAUUAAGAAGGUACCUCUUCAGGAGGGACCACGAAGCUUUGAUGGGAAUACUCUUUUGAACCGAGGACAUGCAAUUAAAAUGAAGUCUGUUUCAUCUUGUGUAAUGCAUAAGAACUCUAAGCCACUGGAUCAUAGUUCAGGGGAUUCACUUGUAGACUCUUUUCAAAACUCUAGUAUGGAAUACAGUGUGCCACAAUCUAACAAAGCCGUAGUAGCUUCACUGGAAGGGCUGCAGAGCCAGAAGGAUUCUGAUGCUCCACCAAGACCAGACCGUCUGCUUCUCAAAGAGAAGGAGCAUGCCAUGUGGUCACUACAUGGGCCUGAAAAUGCACUGCCUACAUCUGCAUCUGAGGCUAUGUCCUCAGAUGUCUUAAGUCAUAGUAUUAAAACUGCCUCUCUGGUACCAAACCCCACAUCUCAAGUGGAAUGCUCUUCCAGUGAAACAGUUGAUCAUCGGGGCAGUACACUUUUAGUUAGAGCACCCCUCUGUUUCACUAAUCCUCUUCAUUCCGAUGAUUCUGACACAGAUGAGAAGAACGUUGAUGGAGCCAUGACCAAAAGUAUGUCUAAUAUUUCAACCGCAAGUGCCACAGUUUCUGCUUCAACUAGUACUGAAAACAUUUCUUCUAGAAAAGUAUUAUCAAUGUCCAUUGCUAGACAAGAUGUUCCAAGCAUAAGACAUUCUGAAGAGGAAAAAGUUUAGAAACCACAACUGCAUCAAGGCCACAAUUUGGAAAUGUUAGUUACACCAAGAUAGUGAACAGGCAGCACCAGAAGGAGCAGAUGCUUGACCUAUCUCUAUGCUAAGGCAGAGCAAGAGAUGAAAUGGUGACCAUCAUAGGGGUGUGAAAAUACACAGUAAUAGAAUUUGAGGUGGAGGACAAGAAACAGAAGUUUGAGGACAGUCCACCUUUUUUGUGUACAUUCAGGGAAGAGGACAGAGAAGCCAUGAUGGAAUACAUCUAUUGUGACAGGGAAAUGAGCCUACUGGGAAAAGAGUACCACAGGGAGCUCUUCACGGGAAAUAAAUGCAGAGCAAGAGGCAAAUUGCAGAUUGUUCCUCUCUGACUCCCUGCACAUGUGCAUUAUGUUCCAGCUCUUCAGUACAGUGCCAUUAGACAGGAGCACUACAUGUUGGACUGGCCAUUCUUACCUGCUUCUUCCUGGGCAUUCCCAUGCAACUCUGCCCCUCAUCAGGAUUAGGGAAAAAGACCAUGAGGAUCCACAGAAGAUGCAAUUCCUGUCCCUACAGUGUCUAUUUACAAACUGUUUUAUUAUGUGUUUUGCAUUGAUUACUUCAGCUGACCUGUAUGUGUUGUGUUAAAAAAAGAUGGUUUUCGGUAUAUCUGUUAAAAUUUCAUUAAGCGGAAUAAUUUAUCCUUCAUAGUAUCAUUAAAUCUCACUGGACACCAGACUACUUCAUUUUCUAUAAUAUCCUUAAUCAAAAUCAUAUACAUUUACAAAAUGGAGGAUCAGCAAAAGCUAUUACAUAAAGUUAAACCCACCACCAGCAAAGAAAAUAAUAUUUAAUAACAAAUAGUAGUCUUCUCUUACCUCCAGCAGAAAAUUGUCUUGGCUUCAGUUUUGUUUCCAUUUUGCAAACAGGCCGUGGAUAUGAAUGGUUAAGUUUCUAAAGGAGUUGGGGGAUUUUGACCCCCCCCCAUUCUCUCAUAAUUUUCAUGGGCUUGCAGAAACAUUUUCCAAAUGUCUAGCAAGCCAUUGUUUCAGGAAGCCUGAAAUUGUGGGCUAAAAACUCGAAAGGCAGUGUGCCUUCAAAGGUUGAUUAGUGUGCUGUGUGAAAAUACGUGUGCUGUGUGACAUGGGGCACGUCAAGCCUGAUUCCACAUUCUGGCACUUCGAGUGCAGAAGUUGGGGGGCCCACAAGGAUUCUAAAAAUUAAUACUGGCCACUCCAGGCUUGUAUUAAACUCCCCAGGUUACAGCUUCUCUCUGACCUUGGAGGGGUAGAUGCUGCCACCACCCAAGUGCAAAAAAAACCCCCAACCCUUUGGACCCAGGAAGAUGCACUUGGGAAUUCCUCCCUGUGGGUACCCUCAAGCCCUUUCACCUGCCUCCGGGGAAGAGCUGAGAGAGAAAACAAAGGAAAUCCACUGUUGCCACCAGCUAAUUAAACAAUAUGCACAAACCUCUUAGGACACAAAAAUCCAAUCCUGUUCUUAAAGGUAAAUUUUAUUAAAAACAAAAAGAAAGAAAAUACAUCUGGGAACUUAUGCUAUUGCUAGAUUUUAAAAAGAGCAAAUAUAAUAAUUAAGCAGCAAGAAUGGUUUUUCUUGAGGUCCCGCUUAAUGGUUACAAGCAAAACAAAAGCAUUUGGGGAAUCCACGAGCCAUAAAGAAAUAAGAGAAACAUAAUUGCGUCUUUCUAGACAUUCCCUGAUCUACUUACAUAUCUGGGGUUCAGAUAAGUAAUUCCUAAGUAUGAUUUGAUUUUUCAUACCUGGUUUAAAGCUUCUUACAGCAUUGCUGUUCUGUCUCUCCUCUCUGGAGAACAGCAGACAGGGAAAGUUUUUCCCCAAUUUUAAAAAGUUCUAGCCCUCCCAUUGGCUCUUUUGGUCAGGUGCUCACUUCCUUCCUUUUACCUAUGGGCUUUUUUAACCCUUUACAGGUAAAGCAAGUAGAGAACAGCGACUAACAGGGAUUUUGUAGCUAACUGGCUGUCUGGGUGUCCAUAAAAGGGAGCUACCCCGCUCCCUUCAUUUAUCACAGGGCAGAACUGUAAGUAAAACAAAAUGGCUGCUGUGGAUACACUGCACUACUGCUGUUGGCACUGGUGCAACCAUCAAGGUUCAAGAAGCAAUAGUAGAGCUCUCCAGUACAGAGGCUUCCUAAUUCUCUUUAAAUUCAGAGUAGGUAGCGCAAAACAUGGUUUUUGCUUCGUUGCCUUAAACGUGCACACUAAGUUUUUUCUUUAUUUGUCUUACCGUUUUGAGCUUAUUACUAAAAACUUCUCAAACACCACUAAGGCUAUACUUCUCCGCCCCCGCCCCGCACAAACUGAAGGACCCUAGGCAUCUGAACAGAAAGUAGUUUUUCAUUUGAUAUUUGAUUUGUUGAACAGUCAGUGAGCUAAUCACUGAACAAUACAAAGACACUGCCCUUUCCCCAAGGAGUUGCACACUAAAGUAGGAGAAUGAUAUAGGAAAUGGUUUCAUUUGAUGUAUAAACCUGUUGUUGCAUCUGUAUUUGUUCUUAAACUUUUCUUUAUACAAUGCCUUAUACUGUAGACUUGUAAAAAUUGACCUAUUAAGUGUUGUUAGAAAUUCUGUUUGUUUAAACAAAGCUACAUCAUUCUUAGUUUGUCUAAUUACAAUAAU